AUGUCUUGGUAUUCAAGUACUGGCGAUGAAAUAAAUAUUCAAGAACAAAGGACAAACGCUACAUAUAUUAACGGAAGUCGACAAUAUCCUAAAAUUGCUUCUUCAAAGAAAACAGUAUUUCAUUCUCAUCCCAAGUUUUCUUCUCACAAUACUCAAAAACCCAAGUUCAAUAACUCAUACCACAAAAAACAUUUAAACAAUAAAUCAAAUUCUAGUUUUGAUAAUAAACCUUCUUUAAAUCAUAAUCUUAAACCCCAUUCGAAUUUUAAAACUAAUUCCAGUCUUUGGAUAAAAAUUGAUUUAUCUACUAUCACCUUCUACCCCAAUGAAAAAAAAAUAUUAUCAUCCAUGUGUGACCAGAUGGAAUUAUUACUGAAAUAUUCUCGUGGGGUGCUGGCCAUAAGUUUUAAUAAAAAGAAAUACAUUGAGGAAAUUCAGAUUCAAUGGUCUGAUAUUAAAUCCUUCCGAAUUGUUAAUGGGCAUGAUAUUGAAAUGGUGUUUUGCGAAGGUUUUCAAGCCAAGUUUUACAACAUUUCCAAAAACUUUCGUAACCAUUCCAAAAGUAAUGGAAAAAAUCUGUGCGAGGAGAUUAUAAAGGAUCCCACAGGCGGAUUUAUGAAUGGAACGACUUCAAUAUUGUUGAGUCCCUGUUCAAUGGUUCAUCCUGCCACCAUUAUGAUGAUUGAUGCUGCCAUUCAAAAAUUUUGUUUUAGUCAUGACACUGGUUAUAAUAUGGAAGAAAAAGAAGUUAACACCAAAUUGGCUAAUAUUACAAAGGCGAAAGGAGAGGUUAUCUUUUCUAAUGUUCCAUCUAAAAUUUCUGAACAGGACAACAAUAUCAUGUAUGUCACGAUAGUAUUCCUCACUCACAACCGCAUAAUGUUAUCCCCAAUGAACAUUUCAGUGAGUGCUAUGCUCCAAAACAUUGAAAAUCGAUUCGCAAUUAAGAUCGAUAGUUUUAGAUAUAGGAAUUUCAAUAAUGAUUUGAUCACCGUGAUGAAUGAUGAUGAUUGGAGGGUUGCAGUGUGGAAUGCUAAGAGACUCGGCAAUAGAAUAACUAUUCAUUUGGGUGAUUAA